GUCAACUAUCGAUUGCCGGUUGAAUAAAACAAGUUUGUGCGAAAAGAAAAACAACAAAAUAAAGCAAAAACACAAGAACGAUGAGAACUCCUGGCGGUGGCCAUUUGGAGGAGACGAGCAAGUCGUCAUCCAACCAAACAAAGGUCAGCAAAAAGUCCACCAAGUCUCGGUCGAAAUCAGCGAAAUUGGAGGCAGCGAAAACUUCGGCAACGACAGCUAAUGCAGCUCUAGCUUGCGGAGUGGGAGUGCCCGGGAGCCUAGUAGUGGGUGUUGGAGUGGGCAGUUUACCAAUGGCUCCUACUCAUGUAAACAUGGUGACCACGCCAACAACACCCACCUCGAGCUUGGGUAGUCAAUAUAAUCAAUUUGACGCCAGCUUUGCUGCAGGAGGAGCAGUUGGCAUUCUACCACCUGGUGGACAUGUCGAGACUAAUACUCAUAUUAACCGGUUAAGCCAUCACCAUACAAAGGCUUACGCCGGCUUUGACCCGCGCAGUAUAAAAAUCUAUUGGGAGCAACAUGAUCAAACCGAUGUGGAACUAUCGCAGGAUGUGUGUGCCCGCCUGGCCGAAGACGCCACCUACAAAGUUUGGGAAUUGAUAAAUAAUGUCAAGAUAUACUCCCGCCAUUCUGCUGGUAUCGUUACCUAUGAUCUGGUUAAUGAAGUUCUCAAGGACGCAGAUGUUCCGCCCAUGUUGGGAGCUAUGGACAGCGAUUGGGAUCGCAUUGACUACGACGGCACUUAUUUCUUUCAUUCGGACAAGAUUUUUGAAUUACGUGAAGAGUUCCAAAAGGAUAUUGAACUAAAGUUACCCAAUGAUGUGGAUUUUCAUAGCAUUUGUCCGGUGGAGGAGAGAAAUACCAACGAAUUGCAACAAUUCCUUAAGAGUUUGAUCACAGCUAGUCUUUUCGGUGACAGCCAGCAGAGAACAAAGGCCUUGAACUUGGCCUUUGAGAGUCCUCUGAUGGGUUCUUGUUAUCGCGCCUUGGUCUCCAAAAUACUGCAAAUGCUAGCCUUUAGGCAGGAAGAUGCUUUGAGUCAACGGUGCUGGCGUUUGUUAAGGGCCUGCAAUUUCAAUCCCAUGGCCAAUCAGCAGUCUUGCCGGCAGGAAUAUUUUCAUUUGGCCGAGAUACUAAUAAGUCAGUUAAUGGGUCCCUUUGAAACCAUCAAGGUGCGCUCAUCUCCAGUUCCAGAUCAAGCAAUGGUGGAAACUGAUAUGAAGUCGGAAAUUAAAAUGGAAUUGGAGGAAGACGACCAUCAUAAUCAGCAGCAGCAGCAGCAGCAACCGCCACAGGAAGCCCAUGUGAUCUAUCAGCUCCAGCAUGACGAUGAUAUAAAUACUAAUUUGCAAGAACCCCACCACAUGUCCCAUUACUUUGCAUCACCGGUGGCCAAUAGCCACGUCCCCGAGCUCUGUCAGACCAUUGGACAAUUAGCUGCUCAAAGUGGUUAUCUGCAGUCUGAAUGCUUGUUCUUAAUAAAAAGGCGUUUGGCCAGAUUCUUUGAUGCCCGCCAAAUCAGCACUGAGAGAGAUUUCAAAUAUAUAUCCCGAUCCGUAUGCGGUUUGAUGGCUUUGGGAGAAUAUGCGUUUCGGGAAUUCAUACCUUAUAUCUAUCAACUCAAUAUAAAUGAAAUACCUGACAGUUUAUGGCUUGACCUGUCUCCUGCUGCCAUGUUUUUAUCAGGCUCAGAUGACAUUUAUUUAUAUGAAUGGUUGGAAUAUGGAUGCGGUGUGGAUAGACUGCAACCGUUUAUGGGUUACUUUGUCAAUGUCUAUCAAAAAUGGUUGACCCAACGUUUUUUAAGAGCCAAAAAGCCUGCCUACCGAGUGGAUGUCCAGCCUGGUGUCCGUCGGCUAGAAUGGAGCGCUUUGGCUGCCGCCAUGUGCCAUGGCGACGAUCCAAAUAACGCUCUGAAACCUAAACCCCAGCUUAGGGAUGCCUUUCCAGAACUGGUGCAGCCAAAUUUACAUUUAAACUGUGGUGGAAUAAUCAAAUUUAAGUUCUCCGGAUGUCGGCCGAGGGUUAUUAAACCCAAAACAGAUGCAAACAGUGGUGGACCUAAACCUAAUUGCGGCUCUGGUGCUUAUGGCAGUAGCGACAUCUUAAUUGCCCGGCGCAAACUCCUUAAACCCAUGACCAAUGUGAGAAGGGUGGUGGCUCACACUGGGUAUCAUUAUCUUAGGAUUUAGAAAAAUAAUCAACGUCAACAUUUUAUUUACUUAGAAUUACUCUUAACAUAAUUGUAUUGAAUUCACACCUCUUUCGGGACACCCAAAGAGUCCAAUUGUUAUAACUAUAAAGCAAAUACGUAUUUAUUCUCUAAAUGUAAAA